UGUCGCCCAAUUGAAUCAAACAGUGAGGUUUAAGGUAUUUUACUUUACCUACUCUCUCUCUCUCUCUCUCUCUCACCAAACCUCAUUGCUGGUGGCGGACAACACGAGGGAUAUUCUUUUCCCUUAAACUUCAAAACACACGCCCCCUCCCCCGAUUCAUUCAUUUUCACUCACGCACCACACAACACAAGAGAACCAACCAACCGUUUUCAUUUCCAGAUCUCCAAAAUGCAGUCCACUGCUUUCACUCUCCCCCCUUCUCUCCCUCUCCGCCACACCAACCCCAACCGUUUCAACCGUUCUCUUAACCUCCUCCGUCUCUCCGCCAAAUCAAACGAUGUCGCUUCUUCUUCUUCUCCUUCUUUCACUCGUCAAUCCUGGUCCCUUUCUCCUUCAUCUUCUUUCAAGUUCAGACCUCAACCUCUCCUUUCUCCUCCUAAAGCUACUUCCGUUCCCGAAAGCGCCGGUCAAUCCGCCGCCGACUCUAGUUCCUUACUCAAAACUCUUCAACUUGGUUCCUUGUUCGGUUUAUGGUACCUCUUUAACAUCUACUUCAAUAUCUACAACAAACAGGUUUUGAAGGCGUGUCAUUUCCCUGUAACUGUAACUGUAGUUCAAUUUGCUGUUGGAACUGUUCUUGUUAGCGUUAUGUGGGCUCUUAAUCUAUACAAGAGACCUAAAAUCACUGGUGCCAUGCUCGCAGCGAUAUUUCCACUCGCGGUGGUGCAUACUUUGGGGAAUCUUUUCACUAAUAUGAGUCUUGGAAAGGUGGCUGUGUCAUUUACUCAUACCAUUAAAGCUAUGGAGCCUUUCUUUUCUGUCAUCCUUUCUGCCAUGUUCCUUGGAGAGAUGCCUACACCUUGGGUGGUUGGUUCCCUCCUGCCUAUUGUUGGGGGAGUUGCACUGGCGUCUGUUACUGAGGCCUCGUUCAAUUGGGCUGGAUUUUGGAGUGCAAUGGCUUCCAAUGUGACAAACCAAUCACGUAAUGUUCUUAGCAAAAAGGUCAUGGUUAAGCAAGAGGAAUCCUUGGACAACAUAACUCUCUUCUCUAUAAUAACAAUAAUGUCCUUCUUCUUGUUAGCACCCGCGGCUAUCUUCAUGGAGGGUGUCAAAUUUACCCCUGCUUACCUGGAAUCUGUUGGCUUAAAUGUCAGGCAAGUGUACACCAGAUCUCUUCUUGCUGCACUCUGUUUCCAUGCAUAUCAGCAAGUUUCUUACAUGAUAUUGCAGAGGGUAUCACCUGUUACCCAUUCGGUCGGCAACUGUGUGAAGCGUGUUGUGGUCAUUGUGAGCUCUGUCAUCAUCUUCAAAACAGCUGUCUCUCCCUUGAAUGCUGCUGGUACCGCUAUAGCUCUUGCUGGUGUUUUCCUCUAUUCAAGGGUGAAGCGAAUUAAGUCAAAACCAAAGGCAGUUUAAUUUUUAAAUGGUAAAAUUUUGCUAGUUGCAUUACAAAUGCCAAAUAGCUGCAAAUUCUGAAUUUCUUUGUAGGUGAGAUAGGAAUAUGGGGAUUACCUUCUUGACCCCAUGACACGCUUUUUCCAUUUUUUUCUUGAAAAAUAGUUACUGUGUGGAUUUCAAUAUUUAUGUUUGAGUAUGUGCCUAUUGGUUCUGCUCCAUUAAAAUGUUAUCCUCUUAAGAAUUUUGGUCGUAUACUA